GAGCAGACAAAAUAUAUUGACGCGGAGAGAGAGAGAGAGAGAGAGAGCUGCCGUGAUUGUGUUCUUAACGAAUGAUGAUGAUGAUGAAUUCACACAACAAUUACAGAUCUUCAAUCUCGCUGCUGUUUAUAUUCCAUUUGGAAUUGGUUGCAUCCAACUGAAGAAAGAUUUCAACCAAUUUCCCUUUCAACUCACUUCAUCACCUACUACCCGAUUUCAACAAAUCCAUAUUCAAGUCAAUCUGUUUCAGAGAAAAAAAGAAAGAAGGAGAACUAAUGGGGACUAGAGAUCCGGAGAACAACGGAGAUAGGAUUAAGACUAGGGGAAACAACUAUCCGCCGACAUUCUAUUCGCCCUCGUAUUUUGUGGAUUCGAAUGAAAGACAAUGGACAUCUUGGCUCGUACCCAUGAUUGUUGUAGCAAAUAUUUCAAUGUUUAUCAUCAUUAUGUUCGUCAACAAUUGUCCUAGAAACAAUAUUGCUGAUUUUGAAGGCGUGUGUGUCGCCAAUUUCCUCGGUAGACUUUCCUUUGAGCCACUCAGAGAGAAUCCUCUUUUUGGUCCUUCUUCAUCAACGUUGGACAAAUUGGGAGCUUUAGAGUGGAACAAGGUGGUUAAUGGGCAUCAAUGGUGGAGACUUAUCUCUUGCAUUUGGUUACAUGCUGGUGUUAUUCAUCUGCUUGCAAACAUGUUAAGCCUGGUUUUCAUUGGAAUUCGCCUAGAACAACAGUUUGGAUUUCUUAGAGUUGGGGCGAUGUACCUGUUAUCGGGAUUAGGUGGAAGCAUUCUGUCUUCACUUUUCAUCCAAAAGAGUAUAUCAGUUGGUGCCUCUGGUGCUUUGUUUGGACUUCUUGGAGCAAUGUUAUCAGAGCUUCUAACAAACUGGACUAUUUAUACAAAUAAGGCCUGUGCUCUAUUAACGCUAUUGACAAUCAUAGUUGUGAACUUGGCACUUGGAAUCCUUCCUCAUGUUGAUAACUUUGCUCACAUUGGUGGAUUCUUGAGCGGUUUUCUUCUUGGCUUUGUAUUGUUGCUUCGUCCCCAGUUUGCUUGGAGGGAGAGCCAGCAUCUUCCUGCUGGUGCUCGCCCUAAAUCCAAGCAUACUGUCUUUCAGUGGGCAUUUCUGUUCAUUUCCCUGCUCUUGCUCAUUGCUGGAUUCACAGUUGGGAUAGUGAUGCUUUCGAGAGGAGAGAAUGGGAAUGAUCGAUGCAGCUGGUGCCAUUACUUAAGCUGUGUGCCGACCUCAAAGUGGAAAUGCAAUAGCUGAUGACCUCCUUCCCGACCAAGGAAUUCUCCCACUUUGCUUGCAUUUUAUAUGAAAUUUCCUCUUCCUAUAUUCUUUGUUUGUUUAUUAAUGUACUAUAUUAUUAUUAUUAUCAUUGUUAUUAUGUAAAUGUAUACAAGUUUUAAAACUCCAAAAUUUCCAUCUAA